AGACAACUGUGAACUUCACUUCAUCUCUGUCUCUUAGUAAUAUCACUAACUGCUUAUGCUUCAAUAUAUAUUUAUUCCACUACCCUCCUUUACAAAAUACAAGUAAUGGCUCGCCUCUUUUGCCGGAUGUUCCUUUUUGUGAUUCCUUUUGAUUGUAUUCGUUUUAUUUGAUCUUGAAAGCUUUCGUUUAUGGUAUUGACUCGAAAGAUUUCCAGGCAACCAUGAAUAAAACUCCAAUGUACCAACAUUACGAGGCAAGCGAUUAUGGUGCCUACGAAUUUGAUCCUGAAGUUGAUUUUACACAGUUCUUGGAAGAAGCUAGACAACAUGCAAGAGAAAUGAAUCUACAGUCCCCGUUACAGCAUCCAGAAUCUGGAAAAGGAAGAGUAGAAGAGGAGAAAAAGAGCAGGAGGUCCUGGAAACGCACUCUCCUCAAAUGGUGGAAAGCUGAGAAAAAGACCAAGCCUACCGUGGAACCGACAAAUAGCUCUCACAUUUCAAAUCCAAGAAAGGGUCAUGUUUCCGGUCCUAUAUAUGGGAGUGGGAGAGGAGUCGAUGCAAGGCAUCGGCGACAAACAUCUGGGCCACUGACUAAUCUUUUCAACCAUUCAAAGAGGGUGGAGAAUGAGACACCUUAUAUGUGUCUCGACCAGCUUAAUAAUCCUCAUGGUGUCAAGGCAUAUGGACCUGUUUACUUGGUAACAUAGUGUUUCAGCGACAAAAGCUUUGCUCGGAACUUCUUCAUUUUCUGUAGUAAAGCAUCUCUUGGUUGAAGGAUUGUGUCAACAAAUUGUAUCAGAUCAUUUGAACAGGCAGAAACAACUAAUAUCUUGAAUCCAAAUAUCAACUUUAAUGUGCAGAGUAGAUUAUCUACAGUAGAAAGAGCCCGCAAGCAGGACAACUUGUCAGUUUUAUUCUAUUUUCUGUCUCUUUCUUUCCUUUUGUUUGUUUGUUUUUUGAGUCAGAACGCGUGACUCAGAUAAAAGAUUAAAUUUUAAAGUAAAAAACUAUUCCAAGUUGCCAAUUAAA